AUGCUUCCACCAUCUGAAUCCACCCUCCAUCAAAUCCACAAAUUAGCCGAAUCACAAGAAGAUUCUGAUCAUACAAACACCAUCCCGCCUCCACCUCCAUACUCCCCUUCCACCUUUAAUGCCCCAAAGGAACAUGAAGCCGAUAACGAUGGCGAGACGGACCAAACAAGCCUCAUAAGCAUCCAUAUCGAUGCCUCAAUGAGCAUCCAGGGAAACGCAAAUAGCAUUAUCAUUCCAUCAGUGACAGCACCAGCACCAACCCACAAUCCACAAACCUCGUCAACUCUGAAUCCAACUUCAUCUUCAUCAUCAUCCACAACCGCCGUACCGCAAUUAUUUCAAUACCAGCGCCAUUCCAAAGUAACAGACAUGGUCACGUCCAUUAUUACUGCUUUGCAUCGUACGGGACGUCUGGAUUCUAUUCCUAGUGACAACCCCGCUACUGAAGGUGCACUUACAGAUGCAGAUGGACUGCCAUCGUCAUCUAUCACGCUGAAUAUCAAUACAGGGAUCAAAGUCCUGGGAAGUGGGAAUGUAUUCUGUGUGGGGGUGACUGGACAACGAGGGAUGGGGAUGAAUGUGCUAAGGAGGAAGCGGAGGGCGUGUUCUGAACCCCCAGAGGUUGCUACGGCUGGUUCUGUUAAGAGGGCACGGUAG